AUGAGCGGAGAAUCUCAUCAAGAAAAUUUAAACUCACAUUACAAUACUCAGUUACAAAAAGCAUAUAAUGCUUUGAAAAAACUUCAGUCUUCAUUUCUUGUUAUCUCUGGAUUAGGGGGCACUGUAUCUCUUUUGGGAGGGCUAUUAUCGGUUAAGAAUAUUUUUACUUGGAAUGAGCCGGAUACUGUUAAUAACACGAACGAAAAUAAUAAAGAAUCGAAUGUUUCUGAGCAUCCUAGAGAUUGGAUUUCUGAAAGAAGAAAUACUGGGAAUAUUAGUAACUAUGAAAAACAUCAUAGAAGACAAUAUUAUUACAUAAGACAUCUGGUUAAUAAUGUAAAAAUUACAUCAAUGUUUGUGUCUAUAUGGAUUAUUAUAUUUUCAUGUCUCAUGAUUUACGUGUUUAUAUAUUCUAUAAUUAUCACAUCAGCAAGUUCAGCAAGUUCAACAAGUUCUAUACCAACAAGUUCAGCAAAUAUUACAUCAGCAAGUUCAGCAAAUGAUGAUAAUGAUGAUUAUAGAACUUUAAUAAAAUGGCUCUUUAUAUGUCCUUCAAUUAGUAUAUUAUUUGCACUUAUAUACACGUGUCAAAUUACAAUAACUAUUCCUAGCAUAGUAGAAGACAAAAAGCUUCAUUAUCUUGAUAAAUUUCCUUUAAUGUUGUUAAUACCAAAAAUCGAAGAAACAAGCUGGAUAAGUCGGAUAUUUUAUAUCUUUAAAUGGGUUUAUUUCAUUAUUUCAAUUCCAAUUUUGGGGCUUAUUCUUGGGCGUAUUUAUCGUACAUCAUACGAUAAGUAUGAUGAGAAUAGCAAUGAAGAUGGGGAAACAGUUAUGAAUAAUGUUGGGAAUAGCAAUGAGGAUGGGGGAAUGGUUUUGAAUGUUGGGAAUAGCAGUGAGGGUGAGGGAAUAGUUAUAAAUAAUGUUGGGAAUAGCAAUGAGGAUGGGGGAAUAGUUUUGGAUGUUGGGAAUAGCAGUGAGGGUGAGGGAAUAGUUAUAAAUAAUGUUGGGAAUAGCAAUGAGGAUGGGGGAAUAGAUGUGAAUGUUGGGAAUAGCAAUGAGGGUGAGGGAAUAGUUAUAAAUGAUAGGGAUCGCAAUGAGAACGAGGGAACAGUUGUAAAUAUUGGAGGAAUAGCUAUAAAUGUCGGGAAGAAAUAUUGGUCAAUAAGAAGAAUUUCAUUAAAUCAUGAUGAAACAGAAAGUGUUAAUUUUCUUAUUAAUGGAAUAUCAAUUGAAAAUAUGGCAACAGUUCGAAAUAGCUAG